CCUGGGGCGGGCUCUUAUCAUAUCCAAGUAGCCUGUACAGGUUGCCUGGGAAGCCUAAGGCUCUUCAGCCCUCUGUGGCUCUCGGAGCCCACAGAACCCAAAAGGAAAGGGAGACACCUCCUUCCUGUCACCAGCUCUAACCACUGUGUGCUCCUGCCCAGGAAAGGCCUAGAGGAAGAGGCCAGAGAAACAGUCCUGCCAUCGCUCUUCAAAGCCACCUAACCCUAUCCUCUCAGCCUCUGGAGACCCCAUGGCCCUGGCUCACUGGGGCUGCUGGCCCUGGCUUAUCCUUCUCUGUGCUUAUGCCUGGAGUUACCCAAAGCCUGUGAACCUUGGAAGAGAGGAUGUGAGAAACUGUUCAACCAAUCCUCCGCACCUUCCAGUUACUGCAGUCAAUACUACAGCACAGCUCACAGCCCUCCGCCAGCAGAUAAAGGCCUGGAAUCUCUCUGCCUACAUCAUCCCAGACACGGAUGCACACAUGAGUGAGUACAUUGGCAGACAUGAUGAGAGGCGUGCAUGGAUGACAGGCUUCACAGGAACUGCAGGUAUUGCUGUGGUGACCAUGGGAAAGGCAGCUCUCUGGACUGACAGUCGGUACUGGACUCAGGCAGAGCGACAGAUGGACUGCAACUGGGAACUCCAUAAAGAAGUGAAUUCCCUUACCUCCUGGAUUGCUGCUGAAAUUCCUACUGGAGGGCGUGUGGGUGUGGAUCCCUUCCUCUUCUCAGUUGAUACCUGGGAAGUUUAUGACCUGGACCUUCAAGAAGCCAACAGACAACUAGUAUCCAUUACCACCAACCUUGUGGAUUUGGUGUGGGGAUCUGAGAGGCCACCAGUGCCAAGUCAACCCAUUUAUGCCCUGCAGGAGGCAUUCAUAGGGAGCACUUGGCAGGAGAAAGUAUCUGACAUCCGAAGUCAGAUGCAGAAGCAUAGCAUGGCUCCAACUGCUGUCCUUCUGUCGGCGCUGGAUGAGACAGCCUGGCUUUUCAACCUUCGCAGCAGUGACAUCCCCUUCAACCCCUUCUUCUAUUCCUACACUCUGCUCACCAACUGUUCCAUCAGGUUAUUUGCAAACAAGAGUCGUUUUAGUCCCGAGACUCUGCAGUACCUGAACUCAAACUGCACAGGCCCCAUGUGUGUGCAAAUUGAGGACUACAAUCAAGUUCGAGACAGCAUCCAGGCCUACACCUUAGGAAACGUGAAGAUCUGGAUUGGGACCAAAUAUACCACACAUGGGCUUUAUGAAGUGAUACCCGAGGAGAAACUCCAGACAGACAACUACUCCCCAGUGAUGGUGACCAAGGCAAUGAAGAACAGCAAGGAGCAGACCCUUCUCAAGUCCAGCCAUGUGCGGGAUGCUGUGGCUGUAAUUCGGUACUUGGUAUGGCUGGAGAAGAAUGUACCAAAAGGCACUGUGGAUGAGUUCUCUGGGGCACAGCUCUUGGACAAGUUCCGAGGAGAAGAAGACUUUUCCUCUGGACCCAGUUUCCAAACCAUUUCUGCUAGCGGCCUGAAUGCUGCCCUGGCCCACUACAGCCCAACCCAGGAGAUGCAUCGCAAGCUGUCCUCAGAUGAAAUGUACCUGGUGGAUUCUGGGGGACAAUACUGGGAUGGGACCACAGAUAUCACCAGAACAGUCCACUGGGGCACCCCUUCCGCCUUCCAAAAGGAGACAUAUACCCGUGUGUUGAUGGGAAACAUAGAUCUGUCCAGACUCAUCUUUCCUGUUGGGACAUCAGGGAGAAUGGUGGAAGCCUUUGCCCGCAAAGCCUUGUGGAAUAUUGGGCUCAAUUAUGGUCAUGGGACAGGCCAUGGCAUUGGAAAUUUCCUGGGUGUACAUGAAUGGCCAGUGGGAUUCCAAUCAGGCAACAUUCCUAUGGUCAAGGGCAUGUUCACAUCCAUUGAACCUGGCUACUAUCGGGAUGGAGAAUUUGGGAUUCGUCUUGAAGAUGUGGCCCUUGUGGUGGAAGCAAAGACCAAGUAUCCAGGAUCCUACCUGACCUUUGAAGUGGUGUCCUUCGUGCCCUAUGACCGGAACCUCAUCGAUGUCAGCUUGCUGUCCCCAGAUCAGCUCCAGUACCUGAAUCACUACCACCAGACCGUCUGGGAGAAGGUGGGCCCUGAGCUACAACGUCGCCAACUGCUGGAGGAAUUGGCAUGGCUGCGGCAACACACAGAACCCCUGUCUGCCAGGGCCCCAAACAUGGCCUCCUUGGCCUCUGUUUUGGUGGCCUCUACUUUUGCCAUUCUUGGCUGGAAUAGCUAGAAACUCCCAACUCCUCUGUUGAUCUCCCACCUGCAUGUAGGUUCAAAGCUCCCCUCCCCCUGCCCUAGCUAUAUAUGCCCCCAAAGGCAAUGCAAGCCUGUUGCCUAGUAACUUUUGCCCUCAACCUCCUUCAGGACCAAACUCUAAGCAGCACAUUUCCCCUUCCUCCAAGGCCAAUACACCUCCCCCUGGGUUCCCAACCCUAGUUCCCAGGAUAAUAGAGCUCAGUGAUCAUCCCCUUCUCCCCCUGCUAUAGCUGUUCCUCCUAUACCAAAUAAAAGAACCAUAGGGCAGUGCCCCUACUCUUAGGGACCCCAUAGCCCAGGAAGAGCCUUACACUAUCACCCAUCUGCUGGGGAUGGAUGGCCAUCCAUACUGGCUCCUGACUUGGUGGUAUUCCCACAUCCUAAAGACUGCCUCAGAACAAUCUCAGUGUCCCCAGGGCUAUCAUGGCCUCCUGGCUACAGCGCAUAGGACUUGAAGGAACUAGGUUUUCUCCAGAUUGCCUGCUGUACCUAGAGAGGGAGGAUGGAUACAUCCUCUGGCUGCUGACUGCCAUCCUAGGAUUGAGAACAGAUUUGCAAGAGGUAGGAUGGGUCUGGGCAGGGACAUGCACAACCCCCCCCUGCUCACAUACGAGUUCCUAACCCCUGAUUAUGCCCCAUGCUGAGAGACAGCAUGAAAAGUUAGGGUGCAAUAAGCAUGAAAAGUUAGGGUGCAAUAAUUUGGCUAUGUGCUAGGCACGGACUGUGGCAUCCAGGGAACAACCUAGGUAACCACAUGGCAUCACUAUCCAAAGACUUUCCUGACAUCCAAGCUGUCCUUUGAACUUUCUGAAGCACAGCCACAGUGCCAAUGUUAUUAAAUCUUCCCAAGUCCUUAGCUGGCCCUUCACUUUGGAUGGGCAGAAUCUGAUUUCCCCAUUUUACAGACAGGAAAACUGAGGUCCAAGUAGGAGGUGGGUUCUUCCCAUGGACACACAGCAGGGUGUAAGUGGACCAGCAGUCCAGCUCCUUUGCCCUUCAGCACCAUGAUGGAUCUCUUCACCUACCUCCUAGGCCCCUCCUCACCCACUGAGCCCACUGUUGAGAGAGAAGAGUUUUCUCUAGUCUUGGCCGUUAGCCACCUGGGCUCACAUCCUGCUAGAUGCUUAAAACAGCUUUGUGAAGA